AUGUCUCCAGUGGGCACGCUCACCGGUCAGAGCCUGAUUCCUGUUAGCGCUCGGAGGGACCGGGCUGGAAAAAGGGGCUGGUGCUGGGCUCUCUUCUUUAUUUACUGUGACCCCGGUCCGCAGGAGGCCCAGGCAGGGCACAUGCCAAACUCCCCAGGCGGGCAGCUUGGGCCUGGCCUCACUCUCACCUCGCUGCCCGCCCCUCUGGCUCCACUCGGCAGAUAUAUUGACAAAAUCCAUCCAAUUGUGGCGUGUAUAUGGGAGCGGCCGGGAGGACUGGACCUCUCUGCGGCUGCAUCUUGUUUCGGGGCCGGGCCGGUGGAUGCCAGCGCCUCCUGA